AUGUGCAUCGACUACACCAGUCUCAAACGUGCCUGCCCCAAGGACCCAUUCGUCCUACCGCGAAUCGAUCAGAUCAUCGACGCGGUCGCGGGGUCAGAAUCUCUAUGCUUCCUCGAUGCAUACUCCGGGUACAAUCAAAUAAAGAUGGCAGUGGAAGACCAGGAGAAAACGGCUUUCAUCACGCCGCUCGGCGCCUACUGCUACACGGCCAAGACCUUCGGCCUCAGAAACGCCGGAGCUACUUACCAGCGGUGCAUGAACAGCUGUCUGGAAAGCCAAAUUGGACGCAACGUCCACGUCUACAUAGGCGACGUGGUGGUCAAGUCGACUCGGCAAAACGACUUAAUCGCCGACCUCGCCGAGACCUUCGCCAAUCUGCGGCGCUACCAGAUCAAGCUCAACCCCUUGAAGUGCACCUUCGGGGUCCCUUCCAAACAACUCCUCGGCUACAUCGUUUCCAAACGCGGCAUCGAGCCCAACCCGGAAAAGACUUCGGCAGUCAUGCGAACCAAGCGACCAACCUGCCUUGUCGACGCGCAGAAACUCGCCGGGCGAGUCGCAGCCCUCAGUCGCUUCAUCCCCCGACUCGGCAACAAGGCCAUGCCACUCUACCGUCUCCUGAAGAAAUCAGACUCGUUCGAAUGGACAGACGAAGCGCAGAAGGCCCUGGAAGAACUCCAGAAUGCCUUGAGAAACGCUCCUGUCCUCGCGCCCCCGCUUCCACAAGAAACCAUGCUGUUGUACGUCGCCGCCUCCAGUCGCGCAAUAAGUGCAUUCAUGGUCGUUGAGCGCAAGAAGGAAGGGAAAGAUCAGCUGACUCAACGACUAGUCUACUACAUCAGCGAAGCCCUAAUCAAGUCGAAGCAGCGGUGCCCGCACUACCAAAAACUGUCGCACCACGCCAUCAAGUCCCAAGCACUAGCCGACUUCCUCGCCGAUUGGGAAGAAGCCCAGCAGCCGAGCUCCCCGGCGGACCUCAAGCAUUGGACACUACACUUCGAUGGUUCCAAAAACCUCGAAGGAGCAGGAGCAGGGGUCGUCCUCACUUCGCCUAAAGGCGACAUCGUGAGAUACGUCCUGCAACUCCGAUUCGAGCCCUGCACCAACAACAUGGCCGAGUACGAGGCACUCCUUCACGGCAUACGCAUCGUGAAAGAAAUGGGCGCAACACGACUACGUUGCCUCGACGACUCUGAUCUCGUCACCAGCCAGACAUCCAGCACCUGCGAUGCCACCGAUGCCAACAUUAUCGCCUACAAGCGAGCGGUCAAACAGGCCGGCGCCAGCUUCGCCGGCCACGUCGUCGAGUGGGUCGACGGGCGCAAGAACAAAGAGGCAGACGCACUAGCCAGGCUCGGGUCCAAGCGACUCCCACCCCCUCCAGGCGUCUUCCUCGACAUCCUUACUCACUCGUUGGUGCGCACGCCGCGGGAGAUCGACAUCGCCAAACCACCCGCACCCGACUCCGUCCUAGUCGCACUCGCCUCCGACACUGGGGAUUGGACGGAGCCAUACAUAAUCUACCUCGAGCGCCAGUUAUUACCGAUGGACGAGACAAAGGCACGCACGCUCGUACGCCGCUGCAAGUCCUUCACCAUCAUCAACAAUGAGCUCUACAAACGCCGCGUUUCCGGAGUAUUCCAGCGGUGCAUUCCCGCUGAUGAAGGGCGCAAGAUUCUGCGCGACAUCCACGCAGGCGACUGCGGACACCACGCAGGCGCGCACUCGAUAGUAGCCAAAGCCUUCCGGCAUGGCUUCUACUGGCCAACAGCCCAUGAAGAUGCAGUCGACCUCGUCCGCGCAUGCGCCGGAUGCCAGAAAUACGCGAGCCAGUCGCACAUGUCGGGCUCGGCACUGAAAACCAUACCCCUCACCUGGCUAUUCGCCGUCUGGGGCAUGGACAUGGUGGGAAAAUUCAAGACAGCCCCUGGCGGCAUCAUCACGGACAACGGCACCAACUUCGCCAAGGGAGAAAUGGCCGAUUUCUGCGAGGAAACAAGCAUCCGACUUGACCUCGCGUCAGUCGCACACCCCGAGUCGAACGGGCAAGCAGAAAGGGUGAACCAGAGCAUCGUCCACGGAAUCAAGCCACGACUGGUGGUACCCCUGGAGCGCGCGGCCGGAUGCUGGGCCGAAGAACUCCCAGCCGUACUCUGGGGCAUUUGCACAACACCGAACAGGUCGACUGGCUUCAUGCCCUUCUUCCUGGAUUACGGCGCCGAAGCUGUCAUGCCCACCGACAUCGCCCAUGAUUCACCACGAGUCGCCAACUAUGUCGAAGAAGAGAACGAGCAUGCUCGGCAAGACGACGUCGACCUCCUCGACGAGGCACGAGACCUCGCACUCUCCAGGACAGCCAUUUACUAG